AUGUCACAUGAAGAAGUGCAUGAGAUUUUUGAUAUGACCAAAGAAACGGUUAUGGAGGUCUAUCGCUUGUCAACUGAAGAAACGCUUGCCAAGGCAGUCUUGCUGAAUAUGGAAGAGGAUCUAGUCGCAUUACAAGCACUUGUCCUCUUUUUAUCUGUCAGCAAUCUAACGGGAAAACCCAAAGUUGCUUGGAAGCUUACUGGCAUAGCACGGAGAUCUGGAGUGUUCAGCCAAACUAGGCAUUCCCCUUUUCAGAUUGAGAUGCGCAACAGACUUUGGUGGCAACUUUGGUACCUUGACCACCGGGCUGCCAAAGACCUUGGGCAAAGGAAUGGGUUGGAAAAUCUUCAUACUUUCGAGCUUCCUUUAAAUGUGAACGAUUCAGACCUUGACCCUUCUUCAAGUCACCUGGCCACCUCCCGAAACGGCUGGUCUGAACAAACCUUUGCUCUUGUUCGCUACAGAAUCGCACAGACCAGACAAAUGCUGAGCGAGGAUAAUGUAAUGACACGGAAACAGGAGAUCAUACGGGCCUGUGAACAACAACUACAUGAUCAUCACCUCCAGUUUUGCACAGACCAGCAAAGCACAAUACAAUGGUUGACUCGUCAUGUCGCUCAUGUUCUCGUCAUGGAGAUGUGGUUCGAACUAUACAGUGCCGAUACGAUAGACAUUAGCUCUGUGGGCUUGGCUGAUGACGGCCAGCAUGAGCAAGGUUUCCGAGAUUUUCUAUUUCUGAAUGCGAUCGAUAUUGUCGACACUACUACUCGUCUAGAGUGGGAAACUCAAUCUCGACAGUGGGCUUGGCUACUCAAGGGUUAUCAGCAGUUCCACCCAUUGGUAUUUCUACUUAACGAAUUGCAAUAUCGUGAACAAUACGCGGCGGUAGACCAUGCGUGGAAGGUGGUAGAAAGCGCACUGAGUCGCUGGCCGCCUACAACCCGAGACUCAUCAAAUGGCAGAGUGAUGGAAAAUUUGAAAGACAGUUGGUGA